AUGCUGCAAGCAGGAUCCCUCCAAGUCCCCUCCACGGGGACUGGGCGGUCGCGUUUCUCGAAAGCGCUCCCUGCUAUUCCGGGCCUUGAUACCAACCAUGUGGAGGAGAGCCGUGCAUUCUCGAGUUCGACAACCUCGCCCACCGCCGUCCUACCCACACCUGUAACUCCUCUCAGAUCUCCAGCCGACUCAGAGCUCCCUCCUCCGCCUCCUCCGCCUCAUAACGACGACCCUCGAACACCUAUUCAGUUCACUCCUCUGCCUCCCAUUCCGAAGAAACGGAUAGCCACAGCGACCCCGGGACCCGCGCCUACCGAAGCCACGGCACCGGCGACGCCCGCGACCGGGCUGCCGAAAAUGAUGAUUCCAAGGCGACCUGUCGGUAGCACCAAGCAUACGGCCAGGAAGCCCUCAAUCACGUCGCCGGUGAACCAGGGUGUGAUCUCGGGACAAACUCAGGUUCAGGUUCCCGCCCAGGAGCAGCCUGCGCCUGCGCCACCAGUACAACAGCAGCAGCAAACUCCCUCCCAAUCGCUAUCAUCGCCGAAAGCAAGCGAACCUCCAGCCCAAUUCAGCCCCGAAAGUCCCGUCUCGAUAUCAGGACCCGAAACCUGGAGUCCCAGAGUCAGGCAGUCGAAGGAGACGGGCAAUGAGGCCACGCAGGCGUAUGCGGAACCUAAAGCAGAUGCGCCCAACCAGGUGCAACCAAGGGCCGGGCCUGCAGAGGGGGAUGACGUGCGGCCACAGGAAGCUUCCACGGCUCUGUUCCUGGAUCCCUCGCAGCCUCCGCAGCCACUCAGAUCGCCGGCCGACUCGGUGCUGAGCAUCCUCUCUGCAUACUCGCGCAGCUCGACCGAGUCCGUCUACCGAUCCUCUGAUGGCACCUCACCAUCUCAACCUGCACAACCUCAAGAGCAGCAGCCUCCAAGUGCUGUUGAGCCAUCUUCUUCCCCGCUGCCGCCGCCGCCUCCAUCCAAGGACCCUGCGCGUCAGCUUCAGCGGCCCUCCCCUGCUCCCGCUCCCACUCCGGCCCCGGCUCCCGUAUCUACCCCAGCAGCCUCGACCACACCCGAUCUCAGGGCUCGCUCACCUCCAAGAGAACAACUUUGGACUCGCCGAACAGGCAAGGGGAGUCGCGAUCUUCCGGACUUGCAGCUCAAUCACAGCUUCGGCUCGACAGCCGUAAAUGCCACCCCAUCACCUGCACCUACUUUCGCAACAACCUUCACCACAGUUCCCACCACACCCAAGUCUGUCCUUGGGCUUCGCAAGCCGUCGCAAACACGGGCGGAUUUUACGACGACGGAAGUCCCACCUCCUCUCCCCCAGAAGCAACCGACAGCACCUACUGUUGAGCCUUCAACAGUGGCUGAGCAGUCAGCCUUUGCCCGAACAAUGGGCAAUGGAACCUCCAAAUUCAAGCAGCUCAAGGAUAAGUUAAUUAAGGACAAGAUCAACAAGGAUGUAUUCAGCAAGGACGUCUUUAAUAAGGAUGUCUUCAGCAAAGAUGUAUUCAACCGGGACAAAUUCCACUUUCCCCGCCGUUCUGAGGAUGGUGGCAGCCGUUCCCGAAAGAACUCGAUGAAGGACAUGACAGCACCGGAGCCCCCCAUUCCGGAAUUCCCCCAGCCCGGAAUGACCAGAUUGGACCUAUCGAAAGCUAUGCCUAGCUUGCCAAAGCAACCAAACGCAGACACUGCGAAGCCAGAGCCACCUCUGCCGUCCUCACUCACGUCCCAGUCAGCCUGGCCAAAUACCCCCAAGACAGAACCGAUUCCAGCACAAGCGAAAUGGCCAAUGCCGCCAACCGGACCACCAACCCUAGCACAGGGGAACUGGCCUGAACCACCGAAAGGAGGGCCAAGCCUGGCACAGGCGAACUGGCCAGAACCACCGAAGCAUGGGCGGAUCCCGUCACAAUCUGCCAAUGAAAUCGUCGAGGAAAGCCCCGAGAAGAAGAUGAAUCAGGCACCCCCGAGACUAUCACUCGCAAAGUCGGGUUCUGGCUUCUUUGACCUGUCUUCCGAUUGGCUCGAGCAACACAAGGCCGCCCCAACUCAGUUAGAAACUGUCGAGGAACCUGCGAUUGAUGACUUCCAAAGCCCUUCCUACCCGCCCCCCAAGAAUGCUGUCAAAGAACUCGUCAAGGAGCCCGGAAAGACAGCCAUCCAGGAACCCUCGAGGAAAGUGACCGAUGAGCCUGCCAAGGAGCUCGUCAAAGGACCCACCAACGCUCUCAAGGAGAGCAACCAAGACAUCAAUAAAGAGGCUUCGCAAGAAUCCCAAGGCAAUGAUCAGCAAAGCCCACCUACUGGAUAUCGGCCACCAACCCCGGAGUAUCAAAAGGAGGAUGUUAAGACUCCAAUCGUUGACCGUUUCGCCUCCCCUCUUUCUCCAGCCUCCUCUCCCGAGCCUCCUCAUAACGAGUCAGCACAAGAUUUGCCCAAGGCUCAGUCGGAAAAUCAACCUACGGUAAUGAAAAAGGAACAGUUGGUGUCAGAAGUGAAGGUUGAGACUCAACCCCCACCAAUGAAACCUACCCCUGAUGGCCCUAUUCUUAACGCUCCUCAGCCGGUUUCAGCUCCAGCCCCAAUAACACCAAGAAGACUUUCUCUUGAUAUGAGGUCGAGAGCUGGGACUCCCCCUUUGACUGAACCGUUUCCAUCUUACGCGGCCAUGCCAUUCUCUGGUCGCAACUCACCUGGUCUUUCCGGCCGCAACUCGCCCGGUCCAGACGGACCACGUGGUCGCCAGCCUGAGGGCUACUUCAGGCCAGCGUCAAGAAAUGCCUCUGUUCGCCCAGAUUCACGAAGUGGCUCAGCCCAUCCUGACUCGAGACGACGUCUAGACUCCAUGAGAAGCACGGCACCGGAGCCCGACAGGUUUGUUCGCUCAUCUUCGGGCGAGCUUCUUUACAGAGGACGAGACGGAACGCUCUAUCCGGAGAUGAAGGAGCUGCGGGAACCUGACCCCAGGGCCGCGUAUUUCCCAUUACAGAAUAGCGAGCCUGUCGCCGAGGGUACGGUUUUCCAAGCGGUGCCUCUCAGAACCACGCACUACCGCUGUUAUCAAUCUCACAAGUCCAUGCUGAAGCGCAACAACAAACUCUACCCUCUGGCCUGCCAAACUUGCCAGAAGUCGGAUACGGAAGAUCGAUGGGCUUGUACAUUUUGCUCCCUGAGAAUAUGCGAUUCCUGCAUGGGCGUCUUGGACUCUAAAAAGAAAGACUUGGCUUCCCUAAUGCACAGCUUGGCCGGCCAAACGCCCUCCGCCAGCUGA